AUGAAAUUUGACGCGGCAGAAGAAGCUGAAAUUGAUGAAUUGUAUGAGUGGUUUCAACAAAAUCCAAAGUUACCUAAGGAAAUUGAUCGCAUACUUUUGAAACGCUUCUAUAGAUGCAUGUAUGGUGACUUAAAAGCCACCAAAAAGCUUAUACAAAUUAACUACAGUUUACGGAAUAAGCACCCACACAUUUUCCUCGAACGUGACCCAACCGAUGCGGAUAGCAAGCAAACAUUCGACUAUGCAGAUUUGGUGCCACUUCCUGGACUUACGUCAGAGGGCUACAAAGUGAGCUGUUAUCGCAUGGUUGAUAUGGAUCCCGGAAAGGUCAAUCACAACGCCGAUACUAAAGCAUUUUUCAUGGUCUCUGAUUGUCGGUUCAAUAUGUAUGAUGGUGGUGUUUCCAUCGAGGGACAUUUAGAAACAUUUGCCAGCGGUGAAGUGCAAAUAUUCGACAUGAACGGCUACACAUUGAAACAUCUGAGUAAGAUGACCUUCAGCACACUGCGUAUUUACAUGGCGUUCCUACAAGAGGCACUACCCGUGCACCUAAAAGCUAUACAUAUCAUCAACUGUCCAUCCUACUUGGAUAAAGUAGUAAGCAUUAUGAAACCGUUUAUCAGUCGUGAAGUCUUCAAAUUGAUACAUUUCCAUACCGAAAGCUUGGACAGUCUGUAUGAGCAUGUGCCUCGUAGCAUAUUGCCAGAGGAAUAUGGCGGAGAUGGUGGCAAAUUGGCGGAUCUAAAGGCACAACUUCUGACGGAAUUAUCUCACAAGCGUGAGUAUCUGAUGGACCCAAAUCAUUGGAAGGUCGAUAAAGCGAAGGAAACCGCAGAACGUCGCCGUUGGCCAUUUAAAUCAUAAAUAUUCAAGCACUCGAUUAGAAAAUAACGUAUACAUGCAUUUGUAUAUUAUAAUCUAUUUCAGUUGUGUGCAUAUAUUUUUAACCAUUUAAUAUAUAGACAUUUACGUGGACUACAUAUUUAUAUUCUAAUAUACACAUUUCCAUAACAAAUGUCCGAAUAUGCUCCAUGUAGAUACAUAUAUUUAUAUUACUUUAACUGCAAUGUACAUGUCUAUAUUCGUUUUUAUGCUUAUAUAUAAAGGUAUAAUUUAUAUUAUGUACUUAUUACUACUCAAAAAAAUAUUCCAACUAAUUAUAUGAUUGUAUUAUAUCAAUAAAUUUGUUUGAAUUAGUAAUAGCUGCAUAGGCGGAAAUGUAUGAAAUGACAAAAUGAGCAGUCCGUUUAUACUAUAUAACUCUUCUUAAUAAAAUUUCACAAAAUUUCGACAUGAACUCGGUCUUACUCAAAUCAGGCUAGCGCUUAUAAUAUUUUGGUUUCAUAUUCUGAUUUCAUUUCAAAAUAUUUUAAUUCGAUAAUAAAAUACUUAUUUAUUUUGGCAAUAUUUUUUCUCCUGUUUCAAAACCCAAUUAAUAUUGUCAGGAUAUAAAUUAUCUAUAAGAAACGCACCUACUACUGUCAACGGAUUAUCUCACUUGACUCUGAGUUUGUGACAAAUAUAUUAAAUGUUAAUGUAUUCAAACGCCUAUUACGGUUUAUAACUCGACUAAGUUGAAUCAGAGAACUUAAAACAUAGAGAAGGUGCAGGUUCGAUGUCGAACAAUUUAUAAGAUUGUGA